AUGGGAUGCGACAACCCAAUGUCCGAAUCCAACCACUAUGCAUCAUCGGCCAGUACAUUCCUCGAAGAAGAAGUCUACCGACUUGCAUCUUCCCCAGGCUUGCGCUCCCUACCACCAGGCCCAGAGCGGGAUUUCCUCACUCUAACAUGGGGCCCCGUCGUCUAUCGCACUUCCUACGCGCCAGAAUCGAAACGUCUUCUUCCGGUUCUUCUACGCUCCCUCAACGAUUCCGUUUGUCAAUCAUUACACCGAGUAAUGACAGGCUCUGAUGAAGAGAUCCGCAUUCUCACCCAAACCUUCGCUUCGAAGAUCUUUAGCUCUCGAGAUAUGUAUGCCGAUCUAGACGAGGACGCGGUUCGACAAGUCUUUCAUGAUUUCAAAGUAUCGUUGGCGAUCCCUGAAACAGAGCUACCAAGUAGGUUGCGCGUCUGUUUGAUGAUUGAUGAUGCAGUAUUAUCUCACUUGAAAGGUGUCUUGGAUAUGGGUUCGCUUCGGAAGGGAGACGCUGGUGCGGGUAGAAGUUGGGUGAAGGUUGUUGAAGAGAAUUUUCCAGAUUCCAGGCUAGAUGAUCACCCACACGUGGAUGGUAUCGAUACCAGUGGUAUGUCUAGAUAUAUGAAGAAUACUCGUGGAAGUUAUCAUGGGUGGACAAUGGUGGCACUCGAUGCGUUGGUCGAGGUCUUUGAUGGGCUAAGGCAGCUGAGAGGCUUGGUUGAGUAUCACCAGGAGGGAAAAGCAUAUUUGGGAGAAGGACAAUGGAGUGCCUAG